UGUUAUAAGAACAGUGGAGCUGAAUGAAGUGUUGAUGAGUGUUGUUGUGGAGCAGCUGCACAAAGGCGGAGUAAUGAGCGCAGUGCAGUGUGGGACAGUGGAGGACUGCGACCGGUAACAGAAAUGGAUGUGUUUUUGAUGAUCAGACGUCACAAGACGACCAUCUUCACAGAUGCUAAGGAGUCUACUACAGUCUAUGAACUCAAACGUAUUGUGGAAGGCAUCCUGAAGCGACCGCCUGAGGAACAGAGACUUUACAAGGAUGACAUGUUGCUAGAAGACAGCAAGACUCUUGGAGACUGUGGAUUCACAAACCAGACAGCAAGACCCCAGGCUCCAGCCACAGUAGGACUGGCCUUUCGCGUCAGCGAUGAUGCAUUUGAGCCUCUGAGAGUGGAACCGUUCUCCAGUCCUCCUGAACUGCCCGAUGUGAUGAAGCCCCAGGACUCCGGCAGCACUGCCAACGAGCAGGCGGUGCAGUGAAGCAAUGGAGGACACACACCAGAGGGCAGGAUGGGGGAGAUAAAGGGAGGGGAACUGGGGGGGAAACAUCAGGCAUGUAGAGGAUUAGUUUGAACGUGGCAGUGUGUUGAGAUGUGAAGGGAAACUUGGGUGGGGGGGGAUGCAUGAGGUAGAGUGAUCCUGUGUGAUGCUGUGACUUUUGCUGAAAUUUUGAAUUAUUCUCCUUUGCAGCCCUUCUCUAGCCACUGGCUCUCUGACUGACUGUGUUAAUCUCGAACCCUUCAUGCACCCGGUCUCUGUGCGAAGGUCGUGACCCGCCACCCCGCCCCCUGUAUACGCUUGGGCACGUUUUUGAUUUGUUCAUGUGUCUCCAUGCAUUUCUGGUAUUAAUCGCUCAUUGGUCAGACUGCUGAGGUCUAGAGGAGGGGUGGUGAAAUUGCAGACUAUUUAAAAAUCAUACUUUUUAUUUAAUUCACAUGUUUAAGUUUGGAAAAUUGAGCUUUAUGUGCUUUGUGUGUUUUGGCCUUGUGUAAAGGGUGGGUGGGUUUUUUUUUUUGAGGGCUGGAGUGGCUGUGCAGUUUUACAGUGCCCACUAGAAUUGUAUUAACAGUUUGUUCUGUGUUCAUGAAUAUUAACUAUUAUUAUUAUUAUUAUUGUUAUUCAUUGUUUGGGGCCCUCAAUUACUCAGUUUUACCAAGAGCCAUUGGGGGAUGUUGAAGGUUGACGUUGCAGUUUUACGUUCUCUUGUAAUUUAGCAAAAUGCGUGUGAAACUGCACAGAAACCAGAACAGGCGUUGAAGUCCUGUCCCCCUGACGUCGCUAAGAAAAAUCCAUACUCCACAGCUAGGUGAUAGGUUCAUUGUAGAAAUAUUUGUUGUGCAUUUUUGCUUCUGGACGUGUUUUUUGCUUUUCUUUCCAUCACCAUACUGGAAUGUUUUGUCUCCUGUUCUUCUAUCAUGUUUCAUUUGAAAAACAAAGCAGUGUCAUUUUGUUUGAUUCCCUUAUUUUGUAUUUAAACCAAAGGGGAAGUGUAAACGCAUGGUCGACUUUUUUUUUUUUCUUUGUGUGCGAGUGAGUUAGUGUGUGUGUGUGUGUGGGUGGUUGAGAGAAUGGCUUGAGUUACAUUUUGCAGACCAGUAAGAACAAGGCGUAGUUGCAUAAACCUUUUGAUUGUUUAGUUUUAACAAAUGCUGACAUAGUGUUCAUCCCAGAAACAGAACUCCUGCUGUCUUGUUUUUGAGAACUUGCUUUUUCUCAGUGGUGCGAAUGGUUCCUCACAGCGCUCUUUUUGGAAAAUAAAAAAGGAAGAAACCCUGAUGAACAACGCAAUGCAGCAGUAUCUGUAAUCAUGUUUAAAUUAAAAACAGACCCUUUUCACA